AUGUUGAAUAUUGGAAUACAUUUCAUUGAUGAAGUUAGAAGAGUGAAUUGUAAUGUAUUACCAGUAAUGUAUUCUGACAUUUUUUAUAAUAAAAUUAAAAAGGAAGAUUCAAUAGUUAUUAAAAGAGGUAUUAUUGGGAUGAAAGAAAAAGACAAGUAUAUUUUAAUGACGUUAGCAGUAUACACUAAGUUUCAAGGAAAAGGAUAUGGGAGUAAACUUGUUGAGUGUUUUAUUCAAAAGGUUAAAGAAAAAGGUAUAAGAAAGAUUGAAGUUCAGGUUCAGAUUGAUAAUAAAAAUGCAAUUGAGUUUUAUACUAAAUUUGGAUUCAGAAAGAUAAAAAUUAUUCCAAGAGCUUAUCCUCGAUUACCCCAUCCAAACGGAUAUCUUUAUGAAUUAAUAAUAAAUACAAAGUAA